UUACAUUUUAACAUAAAAAAUAAACAAAAAACGCGAAAAUGCCACGUAUAAUGAUAAAAGGAGGUGUUUGGCGGAACACCGAGGAUGAAAUCCUUAAAGCCGCAGUAAUGAAAUAUGGCAAAAACCAAUGGUCACGAAUUGCCUCAUUGCUCCAUCGAAAGAGUGCCAAACAAUGUAAGGCACGUUGGUAUGAAUGGCUGGAUCCUAGUAUUAAGAAGACGGAGUGGUCUCGCGAAGAAGAUGAGAAGUUAUUGCAUUUGGCCAAAUUGAUGCCAACACAGUGGAGGACAAUAGCUCCCAUUAUAGGCCGUACUGCGGCUCAAUGUUUGGAACGUUACGAAUAUUUGCUGGAUCAAGCUCAACGCAAAGAAGAUGGCGAGGAAGUUGCAGACGAUCCGCGAAAAUUGAAACCCGGUGAAAUUGACCCCAAUCCUGAAACUAAACCUGCCAGGCCAGAUCCAAAGGAUAUGGACGAAGAUGAAUUGGAAAUGCUGUCGGAAGCUAGAGCUCGUUUAGCCAACACACAAGGCAAAAAAGCAAAACGUAAGGCACGUGAAAAACAAUUGGAGGAAGCUCGUCGUUUGGCUGCUUUACAGAAACGUCGUGAACUUCGUGCAGCUGGUAUUGGUAGUGGUCGACCCAAACGCAUUAAGGGUAUAGAUUACAAUGCAGAAAUUCCCUUUGAGAAAAGACCUGCUUUGGGCUUUUAUGACACAUCUGAGGAACAUAUCGAUAAAACUGAACCAGAUUUCAAUAAAAUGCGGCAACAAGAUUUGGAUGGUGAGCUGCGUUCUGAAAAGGAAGAACGUGAGCGCAAAAAGGAUAAACAGAAGUUGAAACAACGCAAAGAAAACGAUGUGCCAACAGCAAUGUUGCAAAAUUUGGAACCUGAACGUAAACGUUCCAAACUUGUACUGCCACAACCCCAAAUUUCGGAUCAGGAAUUGCAGCAGGUUGUAAAGCUUGGACGUGCUAGUGAAAUUGCCAAAGAAGUGGCCAGCGAAAGUGGCAUUGAGACAACUGAUGCAUUGUUGACAGACUACUCUAUAACACCACAAGUGGCUGCAACACCCAGAACCCCAGCUCCAUACACUGAUCGUAUUAUGCAGGAGGCACAAAAUAUAAUGGCGCUGACACACGUUGAAACACCAUUAAAAGGUGGAGUAAAUACUCCACUCUAUGAGUCUGACUUCUCCGGAACAUUACCGAAAUCUUCUGCUAUGGCCACCCCAAAUACUGUUAUAGCUACCCCGUUUAGGACACAACGUGGACAGGAAAAUGCCACUCCUGGUGGUUUCGCAACACCCAUGUCAUCGGCAUUGGUACCCGUUGGCAAAACACCACGAGGCGGCGAUGGUUCUCAAACGGUGGCUUUAGUUAGAGACAAGCUAAGCAUUAAUCCCGAGGAGAAUAUUAAUGUUGGUGAAACACCGGCUCUAUACAAAAACUUUCAAAAACAACUUAAGCAUACUCUUCGAGAAGGUUUGGCUACACUUCCAGCUCCCCGUAACGACUAUGAAAUUGUUGUGCCUGAUGACAGCAACGAUAUUGCUGCAACUGAAACAUCCGAUGAAGUUGCUAUGGUUGAAGAUCAAGCAGAUGUAGACGCCCGCAUUGUAGCGGAGCAAGAAGCAAAACGUAAACGUGAAUUGGAGAAGAGGUCACAAGUUAUCCAACGGGCCUUACCACGACCUACUGAAGUCAAUACUAAAAUAUUACGCCCUCCCACAGAUAAGCAAAAUCUUACAGAACUCCAGAAGGCUGAAGAAUUGAUAAAACACGAAAUGAUCACCAUGUUACUGUAUGACUCCACUAAAGAUCCUGUUCCCGGUCAGUCACAAGCCAAAAUGGAUCAACUACAAAGCUAUUUCAAAGCAAAUCCAUAUGAAGACGUUUCUCAAAAUGAUUUGGAAAAGGCUAAAGAAAUGUUGGCCGAAGAAAUGAAAGUCGUAAAGGAGGGUAUGGGACAUGGUGAUCUACCACUAGAUGUUUAUUCACAAGUGUGGGAAGAAUGUUUGGGACAAGUUUUGUAUUUGCCCUCACAAAAUCGUUACACUCGAGCCAAUUUGGCCAGUAAAAAAGACCGUCUUGAAUCGGCUGAAAGACGCCUGGAACAAAAUCGUCGCCACAUGGCUAAGGAAGCCAAACGUUGUGGUAAAAUCGAAAAGAAAUUAAAAAUUUUAACUGGUGGUUACCAAGCUAGAGCACAAGCACUGAUUAAACAACUCCAAGACACCUAUGAACAAAUUGAACAAAACACUACAGCAUUGUCCACAUUCAAAUUUUUGGCUGAACAAGAAUCCGUGGCUAUACCCAGGCGGUUAGAGUCAUUACAAGAAGAUGUACGUCGUCAAAUGGAACGUGAAAAGGAACUACAACAGAAAUAUGCCAAACUUCAAGAAACUCUGGCUGAACUAACAGUACAAUGUCCUAAUUAAAAUUUUAUUU